AAUCCCCAUUUCACUCUGUACACAGUUUAUUUCAUUCCUCUGAUUCUCGCUCCAAUGGCGACUUCAUUUCUCUGUUUCUCAGCUCUCAUAGCUAUCUUCUCUCUUUUUCACGCAACCGCCGCUCUCAAAACAACCGUAACCGCCACCGCAUCAACACUCUCACCGCUCUCACAACCACCGCUCACCUCAUCGCAAUCCCCACUCUCAUCAACCUCACAAGACCUUCACGAGAACGCGUUCUUCUCACACGCAGCGCUUCUCGGUCCGAUCCUCUCUCAUCUCGGUUACAACGAGCUGGCUACCGCAGCGCCGUCGCUCUCCGUCGACAUUUCCUCCACUUCCUCCUGGUCAGGUCCUUCCACACUCUUCGCCGCCUCCGAUUCAUCUCUCCACACCUGCGCGUCUUGCUCCGUUCAAAAUCUCCUCCGUGAACACAUCGUUCCCGGCCUCUACACCAUCAACUACCUCCGCAAACUCGUUUUCGGUACUAAAAUCGAAACGCUAAGCCCCGGCCGUUGCCUCACCGUCACCUCAACUUCGUUCCAAACCGGUAACAGCAGUAACACAUCCUCCGUCGUUAAAGUCUUCAUCGGCGGCGUAGAGAUCACUCAUCCAGAUCUCUUCAACAACGGCUUGAUCGUUAUUCACGGCAUCCAAGGCUAUGUUGCUCCACUCUCGCCGUUCUCUUGCGACGUUGAACGGUUAAACUCGUUAACAUUUCCGUUUCACAGCAACAACAACAACAACAACCAGCCGCCGCCGCAGCAAAUGCAGACAGAUCAUUUCCCUCGUAACCUUAACCAGCCGCUGUUACCUCAGCCGGCUAUAAUGCGCUUGAUGAUACGCGACGCUAUGCUAAGGCUCCGUAACAAUGGAUUCAGCGUUUUAUCACUCGCUAUGCGCGUGAAAUACGCUGAGCUGGUGACGUUAACUAACAUGACGAUGUUUGCUCUUGACGAUGCGUCGAUAUUUUCUGGAUCUCACUCGUAUAUCAGCAGUAUACGCUUCCAUAUUGUGCCUAACAUGUAUUUGACUUUUGCUGAGCUGGAGAAGCUUCCUAUAGGGACUACCUUGCAUACACUUGAACGAGGACAGUCUCUUGUGGUUACUAGCUCCGGUAUCGGAAGUUUUACUCCGGCGGUGGUUGCUUUUCCGAUGAGGAUUAACUAUGUGAGAGUUAAGGUGCCUGAUUUGAUUCGGAAUUUGAAGAUUGUUGUGCACAGUGUUUACUUGCCUUUUCCGAGGAUUGAUCCUGUGGCUGCUGCUUUUGAUGGAAUGCUGGGGAUGCAAUCUGACGGUGGAGGAACAGUUGAUCAAGCAGCGGCGACAGCUGUGCCUGUGGGAUCGGGAUCUUGUGCUGCUGUUAACAUGGAUGAGAAUGGAAACUGCACUACUGGUGCUCCUAUUCCUUCUUUUGAUCAGCAGUUUAAGACUACUGUGGAUCUUGAUGAAUAUCAUGGCCUCUGAGCUAGGUAUACUGACGGUUCACUAACUUCCUUUUUUGCUGAUGAUUGAGUGAUGAUGACGUGUCCUUUGAUUUUGUUUUUGCAUUUUCUUAAGUUUUGAUUUCUGUUGUGAGAUCAAAAUGUUGGUUAAUUAGUUUGAUUUGAGUCAAAGUUGAGUAGUUGGUUGCUAGUACUGUUGUAAAUAUGAUUCAGUAAUGCAAUGCUGUGUUAGGUUCUUUUGCAAUCUGUUAUGAAUUUUGGUAGCGAGCAGUGCUGUUGUUUUUUGAUUCAAAAAUUGCAGUGGAACUUGUUUCUUAA